UCACUCUCCACAUCUGGUAUGCCUGAAGAUCAUGUCCUCGCAUUCAAACCUUUUCCAUCUCUCUCCUGCAAUUUCCUGCAUCCUACCACGAUCUUGCUUGUCCUUCAAGUGUGUCUGGUCAUUGGGGGCUAAAGAUCACAAGCGACCAAACUCUCCGUUGAGAUGCUGCCCUAUAUCCAAACCCGGGACUGGUCAAGAUGGGUUUCAACAUGAAGAUCUGCCGGUCAUAAAGUGGCGUGAGGUUGUAGAGGGUCACACGGAUAGGGAAGCAGAUGAUGUCAAGGAACGCGUAGACUCCAUCAAACGGAUGUUGUCGUCGAUGAAUGAUGGAGAAAUCAGCAUUUCGGCUUAUGACACAGCCUGGGUUGCCCUUGUACAAGAUGUCAAUGGAAGUGGCCUUCCUCAGUUCCCAUCUACCCUUCGCUGGAUUGCCAACAAUCAGCUUCCCGAUGGUUCAUGGGGCGAUGGUGAAAUCUUCCUCGCUUAUGAUCGGAUACUCAACACUUUAGCCUGCGUUAUUGCCUUAAAAUCAUGGAAUAUUCUUCCUGAAAAGUACCAAAAAGGAAUUUCAUUUUUGAAUGAAAAUAUGUCAAAGCUUGAAUCCGAGAAUGAUGAGCACAUGCCAAUUGGCUUUGAAGUUGCUUUUCCUUCGCUUGUGGAAAUUGCUCGAAGUUUAAACAUUGAAGUACCGUACGAUUCUCCUGUCUUUCAAGAUAUAUAUGCAAAGAGAAAUGUAAAGAUCGAAAGGAUACCAAGGGACAUCUUGCACAAAGUGCCCACAACUCUGCUCUAUAGCUUGGAAGGGAUGCCAGACCUAGACUGGGAAAAGCUUCUUAAACUAAAGUGCCAACAUGGGUCCUUCUUGUUCUCACCUUCCUCCACUGCCUUUGCAGUCAUGCAGACCAAAGACCUAAAUUGUUUGAACUACUUAAAAAGGGUGGUCCAGAGGUUUAAUGGUGGAGUCCCCAACGUGUAUCCGGUGGACUUGUUUGAACACAUUUGGGCAGUGGAUCGGCUGAAGCGGCUAGGAAUUUCCAGAUACUUUCAGCUAGAGAUCAAGGAAUGUAUAAAUUAUGUUUCCAGAUAUUGGACACAUAAAGGGAUAUGCUGGGCGAGAAAUUCAGACGUUUAUGACAUUGAUGACUCGGCCAUGGGAUUUAGGUUACUUAGAUUGCAUGGCCACGAGGUUUCCGCUGAUGUGUUCCAGCAUUUUGAGAAAGGUGGGGAGUUCUUCUGCAUUGGCGGGCAGUCUACACAGGCUGUGACAGGAAUGUUUAACCUGUAUAGGGCAUCUCAGGUGCUCUUUCCAGGAGAGAGAAUCCUUGAGGAUGCAAAGCAAUUCUCAUCCAACUUCUUGAGAAAAAGACAAGCUGCUAAUCAGCUCUUUGACAAAUGGAUCAUUAUGAAGGACUUAUCUGGCGAGGUAGGGUAUGCACUGCAAUUCCCAUGGUAUGCAAGCUUACCCCGCGUGGAGACAAGAUUCUACUUAGAACAGUAUGGUGGCCAAGAUGAUGUCUGGAUUGGCAAAACCCUUUACAGAUUCAACACUCCAAUGACAAUAAUCAGUGAUGGCGGGAAGCAUUUUUGCAAUCGUCAAUUUGAUGCACUACUGACUAAGUAUGGAGUUACCCAUCACGUGGUGACACCAUACCAUCCUCAAACGAGCGGCCAGGUUGAGGUGUCUAAUUGGGAGCUGAAGCGCAUACUGGAGAAGACUGUGGGUGUCUCUCGGAAAGACUGGUCCUCACCACCCCGAGAUGCUGAGUCACUUAGUGGCCCAUUAGAAAAAGGGUUGUGGGCAUCGGACGAUUGCAACGUCGAGGGUCCUUCGAGAGCUAGCUUGUUGACCACCUCACCCCUCGACUACGAAGGAGGGCUAACGUGCUCAGAAUCGACUUGUGAUGAAACCUCCUCGAAGGUGGUGGUUGGGGAGGCAUCUUGCUUAACAGACUCCUUGGUUGAUGAAGAGGAAGUUAAAGACCCAUCCUCACUUGGCAUUACGAUGUCUUCACGAGAGAAAAGCCCUUGGAGUAGCGGUUUUGGGAGGCACCUAACCGUAAAAGCUUAUGGCAUGGCUAAGGCCCGGAAGGCUUGA